CACCCCAGAGAUUACAACUAUGGGUGAAACUACUCCUGGGAUUACAACUGUAGCUGAAACCACUCCACAAAUUACAACUAUAGCUGAAACCACUCCAAAGAUUACAACUAUGGGUGAAACUACUCCUGGGAUUACAACUAUGGCUGAAACCACUCCAGAAAUUACAACUAUAGCUGAAACCACUCCAAAGAUUACAACUAUGGCUGAAACCACUCCAGAAAUUACAACUAUAGCUGAAACCACUCCAGAGAUUACAACUAUGGCUGAAACUACUCCUGGAGGUGAAACUGAGAAUACAAUGACGAUGGAUACUUAUACUACAACGCAGAAACCUGAUAACUCUAAACGUAAUGUCGGUAUAGGAGCAGGAACGAUUGUGGCCAUUGUAUUCGGCUGCCUCGCAGGAGUUGGAGUUAUCGGUGUAAUAUUGAUAGUAGUCAGAUCACUAAGCAAUUCUAUCACACGCAUUGAAAACAAGGAUGUUGUAAAUUUUGGUCAAGGUGUCAUUGAAACCACCCCAGAGAUUACAACUAUGGGUGAAACUACUCCUGGGAUUACAACUGUAGCUGAAACCACUCCAGAAAUUACAACUAUAGCUGAAACCACUCCAAAGAUUACAACUAUGGCUGAAACCACUCCAGAGAUUACAACUAUGGCUGAAACUACUCCUGGAGGUGAAACUGAGAAUACAAUGACGAUGGAUACUUAUACUACAACGCAGAAACCUGAUAACUCUAAACGUAAUGUCGGUAUAGGAGCAGGAACGAUUGUGGCCAUUGUAUUCGGCUGUCUCGCAGGAGUUGGAGUUAUCGGUGUAAUAGUUUGUUUUAUACGACAGCGGCCACUGACCAGAUAAUAUGAGAUGUUUUGAAUUUUGUGCCAUAAUAAUGGUUGAUGACUUAUGUAUUUUAUUUUUUAAUAUUUUGAUUGACACUUGAUUAGCUUUCGAUAAACCUGACAUCUGUUUCUUGUAAAAACUAACCUUGUUAUUCCAGUGUACACAUUAUUAGUUUUACUUCUGUAAAAUCGUUAUUAGUAAAUGUAAUAC